AUGGCGUCCGUUGCUCUUCCUGAUGCCGCGCAUCCCGAUCGUUCCUCUCCCUCCCACUGCCUCCCUGAUGCCUCGCCCCCGCAUGUUGCCGCCACUCCCGCUGCUCCCGCUGACUCCGCCACCCCAACGGCGUCGUCAAGGCGUUCCGACCCUUCCGCCACUUGCGCGCGCCUUUCCCGCAAGGAGCGGCGGCGCACUGCGAAGAAGGCGCGCAGACAGCAGCAACGGCGGGAACGCGCGAUUGCCGCGGCGGAAAGCCUUGCGCGGGAGGAGGAGGAGCGGGAGAGACGGGCGGAAGCGAGCAGCGCAGAGCGAUGGGCGCGGAUAGAGGAGGAGAGGCGGCGGAGAGAGGCGGAAGACGAGGAGCGGAGGGCGCGGGAGGAGGGCGAGCGACGAUGGCUGGCGCGAGAGAGGGAGAUCGAGGAGGAGAAGAAACGGGUGGAGGAGAGGCGCAGGUGGACAGAGGUGAGCCAGGGUUGCAGCAAGGGGAGCGACGUGCUACGUAGGGAGGGCGGAGGGCGCGCGGAGGAGGGUAGGCAGCUGCCACUCAAUCUCUUUCCACUCCCUCCCUCCCUCCCUCCCUCCCUCCCUCCCUCCCUCCCUCCCUCCCUCCCUCCCUCCCUCCCUCCCUCCCUCCCCCCCUCCCUCCCUCCCUCCCCCCCUCCCUCCCUCCCUCCCUCCCUCCCUCCCUCCACCUCCACUCCCCCAUCUCCCCGCUCCAUUCUUUUCCUUCUUCCGUCAAACCAGGAAGCAGCAGCUGCUGCAGCGGCAGCAGUUGCAGGCGCAGUGGCAGCAGGGCGGGAGGACAAACGCGCAUGCUCGCAGCAGACGAAAGAGGAGGAUGAGAAGACAGAGGAAGAGGAAGAAGAGCAGGAGGAGGAGGAGGUGGAGGUGGAGGUGGGGGGCGUGCCGGACAUAGUGUGGGAGGGGGACGACAUCAUCGUGCGCAAGAGGCGCGUCAACAUGCGCCGCCGCAAGGGCCAGUGCCUGCCUGGAGAGGUGCCCGGCACUGCUGUGCCUGUGCCUGUGCGCGUGCGCGUGGCAGCAGCAGUGCCGGCAGGGGCAGCGGGUGCAGAUGGUGGCAGUGGCACAGAGGGGGGUUGGCGUGUGACGCGCACAGCAGGGGAUGCUGGCACGCCAUCACUGACCGUGCAAGCAGCGGCCUCAGCAUCCGCGCUCACCAGCCGCAGAGUCACUUCUUCAUGCACCAUAGCGCAGGCCACAUCCCACACACUCCCACCGCUCUUCACCUAUCCAUCCUCACAGCAGGCUGACAGCUCCUCAUGCGCAUGCCAUGCGCCCGGGGUGAACUAUUACCUGGACCAGGAGUGGGACAGCACGCACCGUAUGCACACACGGCCAUGCAGCGGGGCACAGGAAAAGGCACAGGAAGGGGAGCAGCAGGAGGUGGGAUGGGGGCGGGCAGGGGGCGAGGGCGUUGGGGCGUAUGAGCAGUUCUAUGUGGACCUGCACACGGAGUUCCAGAAGUAUGGCGAGCUCUACAACUUCAAGGUGUGUCGCAACGCAGCGCCCCACCUGCGCGGCAGUGUGUACGUGGACUACAUGCACCCCGCCCAUGCCGCCAGCGCCCUCGCUGCCAUGGCCGGCCGCUUCUACGGCCGCCACCAGCUGGCAUGCGUGCUGGUACCCAUUGACAGGUGGCGCAACGCCAUUUGUGGAGAGUACCGCAGGAAGGGCAAGCGCUGCCCGCGCGGCCCCUCGUGCCCGUUCCUGCACCCCUUCGCCAACCCCCAUGGUGACUACGAGUGGGCUGACUUUGACGCUCCGCCGCCCCUGCUGUGGCAGCAGCAGAUGCAGGGGCUGUAUGGGGGGGGCAGAGGGGCGCGGGAUUAUGAGAGGGAGAUUGAGGCGCGCAGGGAGAGGAGUGAGGGGGGCAGGGAGAGGAGCGAGGGGGGCAGGGAGAGGACGGGGGGGGAGGGGAAGGAGAGGGGAGUAAAGGAAGGGGAAGGGGUCAGAGAAAUGGCGGAGGUUGUUGGGAGAGGGGGGCGUGAUAGUGGUGGUGAGGUGAGGGCGAUUGUUGGAGAACUGGGGACAAGGAUAGGGAGGACAGGGGAAGGCGCAACGCAGAAAGGGGAAGGGGUGGAAGGAGAGGAAAGGAGUGGAGGGGGGAAGAGAGGGCGGGGAGGAGCAGAAGGGGAGGGGCGGAGUAGAGUGGAUAAAGGGAGGCGUGCAGUGGAGGGGCGAGAGAGGGGCAGCUGGGGGUGGGAGGAACGUGAUAGCAGGAGCAGUGAGAGUAGGAGCGACAUGCGUGAGGGGGAAGAGAGGGAGGACAAAGAGGAGAGGGGGGAAAGGGAGGAGAGGGAGGAGAGAGGGAAGAAGGGGAAAGGAAAGGAAAUUGACGAGAGGGAGGGGCAGGAGAAGCGGAGAGAAAGGAAGGGAAGAUCUGUGGAGAGAGGUAGGGAAGAGAGGGCGUGUGGGUUGAGGAGGGAUGGCAGUGAUGGUGGUGGGAGUGAUGGGCGGGAUGAGAGUGGACGAGUGAGGAGGUUGAGUGAUGGGGAGGGGGAACGAUGGGGAAUACAAGGUGAGGGAAAGGAGGGGAUGCGAAAGAGAGUAGAUAGGGAACUCGAGGGACAGAGAUCGUGGAAGGGAGAAAAUGAGGUAGAUUGGAGCCAUGGGGAGGAAGGCAGGGAUUCACACGGGUGGGAGAGGCGAGCAGGCGGGCAGGUAAGGCGAGCGGGUGUGCGUGGAGGUGAGGAGGCGAGGCGACCUGAUGUGGGACGAGGGAGUGCAGGAGGGAUGCGCAGGGAGGAGAGAAGUACAGGUGCUGGCAAGGUCAGUGAGAGGGCAGUGUUGCACGUAGUCUCCAGGGAGGGGUGGAGGGAUACGGACGGGAGGGUAAAGGAGUGCGGAAGUUGGAGUGCGAAGAAUGAAAAAGCCAAGGAGAGGAGGAUAUGCAAGGAUGGGGGAAACAAUGGGGAGUGGGGAGGAGCAGUAGAGGUGCAGCAGGGAAAGGGUGAGAAGGCACGAGGUGGAAGGCAUGGGGAGGGGAGGGGUGUGGAGGCAGAGAGGGAGAAGGAGCUGAGGGCGCUGCUGUUGCAGAGGAUGCAGGGGGUAGGGGGUAGAGUGGCAGAGGGGCGAGAUAAGAAGAGAGAUGCCAGGGACGAAGGCAGGCAAGUGCAAGAGAGAGCGAAAGGCCAAGUGGAGGAGGCAUUUUCUUUGAGGAGAAGAACAAUUGCCAAAGGGGAGUUUGAUCAGGGAUCGUUAGCAGCGUCUUCCUGUUUUCUAGCCUCUGGGUGCGAAGGGAAGGCCGUGGAUGAUGACAGAUGGGAGAUGGAGACUUAA